GAAAUAACUUCCGGGCGUGCGACGCCAGCGUUGUCACACCGCUCUCGAGUGCAGCCCGCCGCCGUGCGCAAGCGUGGAAUUACGAGCCGCCGAGUCCCGAAAGACUUGCUCAUUGAGCCCGCUUUGUAGAAAACCGCUGGCUCGCAUCGACGUGGCUUCCAAAGCCUCGAACGUCGGCCGCUUUGACGCGUUUAGGGCGGCCGUGACGCUUUAGCUCGGCGUUAGCCGGUCGUCACUUCCGGCCGGCAUUUCAAAUCCGCGGUCUAAAACAAAUCCGCGUUGCAAAGUAGACGCUGCCCCUCCGGGAUGGAACUCCAAGUUUGUUAGAUUCAAGGAGGCACGAUGCCGCUUUUUCACACUUUUAAAGACUUCCCCGCCGUCUUAAUAACAUCUCUGUGGGACAAAGUCCCCCAAGCGUCCAGAAUUGCAGAUAUAGUUUCACAGCGCAGAAGCACUGUCAACUCCACACAACGAGUGGGAUCGGAACCGAUGACGCUGGGAUCCCCGACCUCCCCCAAGCCCGCCCACGGCGCGCAGUUCCUGCCGGGCUUCCUGAUGGGCGACCUCCCGGCGCCCGCCACCCCGCAGCCCCGCCCCUUCGGCGUGACCUCGCCCCUUUCCGAGGGCGCCGUCCUCAAAGGAGGCGCCGGAGGAUCCGCCCCGCAGCCGGUGUCGUCUGCCCCGAAAGACAAGAGCGGCGCCCCGCCCGUACGCAGCAUCCACGACGGCCCGGUCGCAGCCGGAACGCCGCUCGGCAUCCGGACGCAGUCUUUUUCCAGCGUGCGCUCUCCGGUGUCGGGACGCCAGACGUCGGCUUCGGGCUUGCAGCAGCAGCUGUGCCUAUCCCCCGCACAGGUGGACCCCUUCUACAGCCAGGGAGAAGCCCUGUCCUCCGAAGACCAACUGGACCAGACCUGGGUCACCGUCUUUGGCUUCCCCCCAGCGUCCGCCUCUUACAUCCUGCUGCAGUUUGCCCAGUACGGAAACAUCCUCAAACACACCAUGGCGUCUCCCGGGAACUGGAUGCAUCUCCAAUAUCAAUCCCGACUCCAAGCUCGUAAAGCUUUGUCCAAAGACGGAAAAGUCUUCGGGGACGCCAUCAUGGUGGGCGUCAAACCCUGCAUCGAAAAAAGCGUGAUGGAGACCUCCGAUGCGAGCGCGUCCCCUCUGAUGAGCCCCGGCCUCCCUUGCACGCCGCGCUCGGCCAUCCGACCGCUCGGCGCCCCCUACAGGAACUCUGCCAGCGAAUACCAGGUGGUGGUAGACACACACACCCCUAGGAAGGACGACGGCUUCGUCUCCAAGGCCCUGGAGUACAUGUUUGGCUGGUGACGUCAGCACCUGCUGCCGAUUGGAUGAGGAGUGGGUUUUUUUUCUUCCUAGAAGCGAUUUUUAAAUUUGUGUCAAUAAAUGGUUUUUAAUGUGAAAUCUGGGAGCUGGUUUU